AUGGUCUUGGAAGAAUUUGUACCUUUCGAAGUAUUACAGUCUCAACUAUUAAUCUUAAAAAUUUUAUCGGCGUGUAUGACAAGCCAUUGGAAAUAUUAUCGAGGGACACAAAGGGAAUUAGAAGCUAUGAGACAGUCCGCUGAUAAUGUUUCCUUUACCGGGGACGAUAAUUCAUCCGUAACUACAUUAGUAAAUCAACCUAAAUUCAAAUUACCUAGAUCAUGGGAUGAUCCUCCGGCAUUAGAGGAUUCUCUUGCAAAAUAUAUUUUGAGCAUAUUAUCUCGAUUUCUGCAUCAAAUGGCAAGCCAAGAAGAUAAUAAUACCGGUCAACCACCAAAUGGAAGUCCUGCCGGAUUGUCUCCUAAUCCGUCUACUUCAACACAGGGUUCAUCUGCUACGUUUGAUUUAAUUAGUGAUAUAUAUAAGAACGCUGGUCGGGUUAUAUUUUAUAUUAGUGCAUCUAAUUGGAAUGUUGUUUUUUCGAGAAUAAAGACUCGCAUCGGUUAUCUGACAUCCACAAAUGAUGAAUGGCCGGAGACGGCCGAAUUAAAAUUACUGGAAUGCUCGGAUUUAAAUUCGAAGCGGUUGUCAAUGGUUCUUCAAGAACUUUGCGGUUCCUUUUUACAUCUGAAACGUUCUGCACAAACAAUGAUGGCAAAUGUUUUACGCAAGGCUAUAUGGAAUUGGAUUGAAGUAUUCCCGGCAGAAUUUGUAACUCUCUGUCAGAGCCAAAAACGAUUGGAGGGAGGGCCUGAAAUAUUGUUCGAUUAUUGCAAUAAUAUAGCUGAUAGUCAUGUUAGGAAAAAGUCUGUUUUUUGGCCGCUACAGACUAUGUUGUUAAUUUUAUGUCCUGAUAUAUUGAUGAAUGCAUCAAUGUCAGAUCGAACGUCCUCAACCAACAAAAGGGUAGCAUUUCUUGACUCGUUAAAACAAUCACUAAGGCGGUCAAGAUUAGCAGAUGUUGCCGUAGUAUGUUACGUCGAUAUUUGUAAGGCAUCUACUUAUGUGGCUAAGAAUGAUUCUUCGGCUUUACGACUUAUCGUUCCUGAUAUUGAAAACGAUCUUAAAGCUAAAUUAUUCGAUCCUAGUAGGCCGUUUAUGAACGAAUCACAAAUUGAUCAAAAGCUUAUGACGGAUUGUUUAACAGCCUUAUUCAGACUAAAUCAAGAUACAUUGGAAUCUUUGAUUCCGGUUUGUCUGAGUGAAAAUGCACCUAACGCUUUCAAAUUAGUGUUAGUCAAAAGCUGCUAUGCUAUAGCUUCGGAGGAAAAUCGAUUUCCUUGGAAUCCUAGCUUACCGUCAGUUUAUUCGAUUCUUGCUCAUUGUGAUCCUGAUCAACAUCAAGAAAUAAUUCGACAAGUAAUUUAUGGUAUAACGAUAUGUGUAAAUGAUUAUAACAACACAAUUCGAACCACAGCGGCGGAAACAUUGUCGGAACUUCAUAAUUUAGAAUAUAUUGAAAAAUGGGGUCCUGAGGAUAUGACAAUGGAUAGCUUUUGGACAAUAAGUUCUCAAGUAAUGUUAGCUAUUGCAAGACAAAUUCUAGAGUUUAGAGAACGAGAAGAAAGUAUAAGAAAUCUACUUGAACUUUUGCUUCAACUAUUUGCUCGUCGUAACGACUUUUUAAGAGUGCACAGGGAAGAAUCAACUGUUGGGAUGCAAGCCCCUGAACGACUUGGUUGUAAUGUUGUACUCGAGAUCGCCUUGCUGGUUUUACUAUGUUCAUCUGAUACAGAUAUUUGUUCCAUGUCAUUAAAUUGUUUUGGACAUUUGUGCCAAGAAGCUCAAUUGACUACAGAAAUUAUUCCUGAUGAAAUGGAUGUUCAUGUCUCUCCCCCGAAUGAUUUGCCAAUUAUUGAAAACAUGGACGUUUAUUUAGAACUAUCAUCUGCACCUUAUAUAGUUCCAGGUCGAAUGGCACAACAAAAGCGUAUUCGAAAAUCGUUACGAUUAAUGAAGGCACCAACCCCUGGAAAUCUCGCUGCAUGGGAAGAGGCAUAUCAACGCUGGAAAAUGCUUAACGGAAUAAUUACAGCUAUGGAACCCAAAGCGAGAGGGAUACCUUGGCAUCCUGGUCAGGCAAAAUCUGUUAAUAAUUUAAUUGCAGUUCCAGAGGCACAGACAAAUGAAUGGCUUAAUUAUACCGGUUUUCUAUGUGCAUUGGGUGGAGUUUGCGUCAAUGAGAAACAAAUCAAUAAUCCACUUAAUGGACGUAUAAAUGAUUCUUUGGGAAAUGAACAUUCAGAACGUAGAAAUAAUGGACCUCAAACAAAUUGUCAUUUAAUGGUAGAAAAAUAUGUACAAGAAAUGGUUGAUUUGUUGGUGUGUGAUUCAGUAGUAGUUCGAGAAAAUGUAAAGGAUUCACUUGGAACCGAAUUAAAUCCAAGGUUAUAUGUUAUUUUAUUUAAACACCUUGAAUCCAUAGUAUCACGAUUUUUCGAUUCGGAUGGUGAGUUUAGUCCAACCGAAAAAUAUACGCUGUUUGUAGAGCAAGCAAUUCUUGUCUUGAAGCUUAUCUUGGAGCGUAUUCAAGAUGCUUCAGAAAAUUUAUACACAGUUGACCUUGGAGAUCUUGUUCUCUCUUUUGCCCUCUAUUUGAAUCGACUUGGAUCUUCCCUUGUGGCAUUACGAAUUAAGAAGCGAAUGUGUCAACUCGCCGAAAUUUUAAUGUGUAAAAAAGAAUAUGUCACCCUUAGACAAGAAAUUAAAUUGAGAAAUAGGCUUUUGGAAAUUUUCAUAGAAUGGACUUCAGAUUUUACAAUGAAGACGGAUACUCAAGGAAGUAGUAACGAGACAGCUCCAAAUAAAAGUGAGAAAUUGCAUCGUGAAUUGGAUCAAGCUUGUUUGAAGACAGUGGUUUCUCUCCUUCAACAAUUACCUUUGCAACCUUCUGAAACUGUGCAUGAGUCAGAUUUAAGUGGAGUGAAAUCUCGCUUAUUCUACAAGUAUUUCUCGUUUUUCAUCAAACUAUUGAAUCGAUGUCGUAUUCUCGAGGCAAUCGAUAGUGGAACGCAUUCGGCGAAAAAUAAUACGGACUUGCAAAUGUUAUUAUCAAAGUCCAAGGAAUAUGUCAAAGAUUUAGGCCCUUUGAAAGAUUACACGAUUUUAGCAUUAAGUAAUUUACUAAGUGCAAAUGUUGAUUCGGGUUUGAAAUAUUCCCUGUCGAUGGGGUAUCAUGAGGAUACCAAGACUAGGACAGCGUUUAUGCAGGUUCUUACUAAUAUAUUGAAUCAGGGAACUGAAUUCGAAGGUCUCGCGGAAAACGCCAUGAAAGAUCGCUAUGAUAAGCUUGUUGAGUUGAUAACUGAAUCUGACCUUAACAUUGCAUUGUCAUUGUGUGAAGUCUGUCCAGUUUCUGAUAUUGAUGAAGUUGCUAAAACCCUUUUAGCUGUUUUUGACUCUCGAAAUAAGACCAUGUCAUUAUUGAAGGCCAUUAUAGAAAAAGAAGUGAUAAGCACAGAGCAUGAAUCUGAUUUAUUCCGACGCAAUUGUAUGGCAACACGUAUGUUGGCUGCCUUUGCUAAAACACAUGGAACGGAAUAUUUGCGUGAAACUUUGCAACCCUUAUUAGAAGACCUUUUAUCUAAGCCAAGUGAUUUCAGUUGUGAGCUCAAACCUGAUAAUCUAGGUGUUGAAGAUGAAAAUAAAAAUUUCCAAAACUUGAUUUCCACGGCUCAGGCAUUCUUGGAUGGGAUCUGCGCUUCUGGUCCAAAUAUACCAAGUUCAUUCCGAGAAGUAUGUCAUUAUAUUAGUAAUUCGGUCGAACAAAAAUACAAACCAGCAAAAUUCGUCACAGUGGGAUCGUUCGUUUUCCUACGUUUCUUUAAUCCUGCCAUAGUGGCACCGGAUAGUGAAAACUUAUGCAAACCCAUUGAAAACUCAAAAAUUCGGAGAGCAUUGUUAUUAAUUACCAAGGUUAUUCAGAACCUCGCGAAUAAUGUACUUUUCGGUGCGAAAGAACCGUUUAUGAUUGUUUUGAAUAGUUUUUUAAAUGACAAUAUCGUCAAAGUAACAACUUUCUUGGAAGAAAUUUCCAAAUUACCUCAAACAUGCCCUUUUACAGAUGUGCCAGCAGGAGAUAAUACUAACGUACGUAGAUUGGAAGAUUCUGUACGAAAAGCUCUUCAUAGACACCUUAUUGAAAACCAAGAAAAGGUGACAAAAGAUCUUCAGAUACUUAGAGUCAAAUCAAUAAAGCCUGCUACUGCACCCGCCAACCUUAUGUUCGAUCAAGCUCAAGCAAGCAAAAAGACUUGGGAUAAAAUUACUACACUACUCGCACAACUUGGACCACCUACAGAAAGCCAAAUGAAAGAAUUCUCAAAUAUUGGGAACAAUCACUUUGAAACCAAUAACCAACUUUUCAAAGAAUUCAUGAUACGACAUAAAAAUCGUAGCAUCGAAUCUAUAGUAUCAAAGGGAGUAUUUUAUGAUGGGGGUAUUUCAAAGGAAAAACGUCGUGUAUUUUUUUUAAUAUUACGAAGACUUGAUGCAGAAGCUACAGAUAUGGAACUUUUGAUGUAUCACGUUCUUAAAACGAUUGAACCAGCAAUGGGCAAACCUUAUGAGCUAUUAGUGGAUUUAACAAUGUUUGGAGCAGCAAAUGAAAUACAAUUACAAUGGGUUCAACAAUUCAUGCACGUUCUUCCAUUUGAUGCUAUAGAAAAUCUUAACACGUUAUAUUUUUAUAACACGAACACUGCCUUUAAAAAAUUCUUCAAGAAAUUAGCACGAAUUUUCACAAGUAAAGUUACUAGAAAAAUACUAUUUCUAUGUAAUUUAAACGAACUAAAUGAAUAUAUUGCGCCAGCUGAAGCUCGGUUGCCCAAAACGACAAUACAACUGGAUACAGAUCUAAUGGUGGUAUAUUCCCCAGUAACAAAAAUUUCACAUUAUAGGAUGCAAGUACCAGUUAUAAUAAAAAUUAGCCAUGAUACUAUACAAGUUUUGACGACAAGAAAGCAAGACCUAUUUAAUGGGCUAAGCUGUCAACUAAAUGAUGUGUAUCACAUUUCCGAAAUCGAAGAUAUCAACAUAUCUUCACAUAAAAAUGAUGAUAACGAAUUUACCAUCAAACAAGAUCGUGGUAGACCUCCGUUAAUAUUUACCAGCCCAAAACGAGAAGCCAUAAUGACAACAAUUCGUUCUUCUAAAGCAAGGUAUCAAAUAGCAAGGCCAACAAACAUAACAGAGAGAGUGAUAAGGCCAAGCGAUGUCCCAGGGACAUUGCUAAAUAUGGCUUUGUUGAAUAUUGGUAGUGAUGAUCCAAAUUUGAGACUUGCUGCUUACAAUUUACUCGUAGCUUUAAGCGCCAUAUUUAAUUUUGAUGUUGGUGGUCAACUAUUAGGAGCGAAAGGAUUAUGUAUACCUGCAAAUAAUACGUCGUUUGUUGUCGGGUUGAGCGAAAGGCUUGCAAAUUCGGUUCCUCAACUUACUCCGGACUUUUUGUGCGAAUUCUUUGUUGGAUUCAAUAAAUCUAGCACUCCCUUAAAACAUUUAUGUCUUCAGUAUAUGGCUCCAUGGUUAUUUAAUUUGACACAAUUUACUAGGAGUGGUGCGGACAGCCAACGUAACAUUAAUAAAACGAGAGAAAUUAUAAGGAAUUUAAUCGAGUUGACUACCAAAGAAACUGAAAUGUAUACUGCUGUUCAAUCAAAGAUAUGGAAUACUCUAGGAAAAGUCGAUGAAAUCACAAAUAUAAUAAUUGAAGAAUUUGUUCAAUACGCUGUCGAUCAUGGCAUUAGUUCUCCACAAUCUGAAAUAAUUGCAAAUACAAUUGUGACUUUAUCAUCUGUUAACAUUCGAGGAAAAAUAAUUGCAAAAUUAAGAAUGGUCAUUAAGAGAACGUCAAUAAAGGCCACUAGAACUCUCACAGAUAACCCAUCCUGGCCAGAGAUUGCCGUUUUAAUACGGUUCAAUCUAAUGUUAUCAUUUAAUAAUCGCAAUGUACAGCUGUACUUGCCUGAAUUAUUUUAUGUCAUUUCAAUACUUGUGGCUACUGGACCUCCACUUAUUAGGGCUUCAAUACACGGACUUAUUGUCAACUUGGUGCAAUCCCUUUGUACAUCAAUGCCUUUGAAUGAAAUAAGUGUUAAGAGAUUAACAUUGCUGCUUACAGAAUUAUCCGAACCAAACUUUCGUUACUUUUUCGGGUUGAAUAAUGUUUCUGGUAAUGCUUUUGUUAUAUCAUCGGAAUCGACACAUGAUUUGCCAGACACAAUGCCACUAGCUUCUUUGGAAAAGAUUGUUCAAGCACUAUUAGAAGUUAUGGUUUGUGGCGCUGGCUCAGUUGGUAAUAAGAUAUUUUAUGACUUGUUUCAUUCAUUAUAA